GCAGAGGAUCGGCGGCGGCGGCGGCGGCGGCGGCGGCGGGAGGCCACAGAGCGCGCUGCGCCAGGCCGGCGACCGGGCUCCCGAGCUGCUGAGCGCGCGUCCAGCCCGCGGCAGAGGCGCCCGCCAUGGCCUUCUCGCAGGUGCAGUGCUUGGACGACAGCCACGUCAACUGGCGCUCCAGCGAGGCCAAACCCGAGUUCUUCUACAGCGAGGAGCAGCGGCUGGCGCUGGAGGCCCUGGUGGCCCGCGGCCCCGACGCCUUCUAUGAGGUGCUGAAGCGGGAGAACAUCCGCGACUUCCUCUCGGAGCUGGAGCUCAGGCGCAUCGUGGAGACCAUUGAGGUGUAUGACCCCGGCUCCGAGGACGUCCGGGCCAGCGGCCAGCCCCGGGGGCCCGAGGACGGCGGGGUCGGUGACGGCGAGGAGGGCAGCGGGGAAGGGGGGGCCCGCACCGAGGCCGAACCGCUGCCCUCGCUGGAGUACUGGCCCCAGAAGUCUGACCGCUCCAUCCCGCAGCUGGACCUGGGCUGGCCGGACACCAGCGCCUACCGGGGCGUGACCCGGGCCAGCGUCUACAUGCAGCCCCCCAUCGACGGGCAGGCGCACAUCAAGGAGGUGGUGCGCAAGAUGAUCAGCCAGGCCCAGAAGGUGAUCGCUGUGGUCAUGGACACGUUCACCGAUGUGGACAUCUUCAAGGACCUGCUGGAUGCCAGCUUCAAGAGGAAGGUGGCCGUGUACAUCAUCGUGGACGAGAGUAACGUCAAGUACUUCCUGCACAUGUGUGAGCGGGCCCGCAUGCACCUGGGGCACCUCAGGAAUCUCAGGGUGCGGAGCAGCGGAGGGACCGAAUUCUUCACGCGGUCGGCCACCAAGUUCAAGGGUGCCCUGGCCCAGAAGUUCAUGUUCGUGGAUGGAGACCGGGCCAUCUGCGGCUCCUACAGCUUCACGUGGUCGGCUGCAAGGACGGACAGGAACGUGAUCUCCGUGCUGUCGGGCCAGGUGGUGGAGAUGUUCGACCGGCAGUUCCAGGAGCUGUACCUCACGUCACGCGGGGUCAGCCUCAAGGGCAUCCCCAUGGAGAAGGAGCCCGAGCCCGAGCCCGUGGUGCUGCACUCUGUGGUCCCGCAGGUGCCCUCGGGCACCAUGGCCAAGAAGCUCGUCAACCCCAAGUACGCGCUGGUCAAGGCCAAGAGCGCUGACGAGAUCGCCAAGUUGUCCUCCCAGAAGCAGGAGGCCUCCAGGGCCCUGGGGGUGCGGGACACGGCCCUAGGCAAGCUGCCGGGAGACCUCCCCGAGCCGCAGCUGCCUAUCCACCCGGGGCUGCUCAACCUGGAACGGGCCAACAUGUUUGAAUACCUGCCCACGUGGGUGGAGCCGGACCCGGAACCCGGCAGCAACAUCCUAGGCUACAUCAACAUCAUCGACCCCAACAUCUGGAACCCCCAGCCCAGCCAGAUGAACCGCAUCAAGAUCCGGGACACAUCCCAGGCCGGGACCCAGCUGUGGAGGCAGAGCCAGGACUCCAGCCCCGCCCCCCGGCCCAGAUCCCCCCAGGAUGGGGUCCCAGCCGAGAACAGCCUCCCCCAGGGGGACGCCGAGCCACGGCCUCCCGCGCCCAAGCCCCAGGCAGUCCCGGUGGCAGACCUGCCUGCCCAGGAGGGCGGCGGUGUUGGCUGGGCCCUGGCAACCCCAGAGGGGCAGGCACCCCAUAACCGGACGGACGACGGGCUCCCCGGGACGGCAGGCCCGGGCCAUGCCCCGCUUCAGUGCCAGCUGUCUGUGACCCAGGAUGACCCCGACGGCGGGGGGCCGGUGGUCCCCAAUGGGCUAGAGGGGAAGGAGGCGGAAGACGACAAGGACUACGUGACCCUCAGUGACCAGGACAGCCUCUCGGGCAGCUCCGGCCGCGGCCCUGGCCCCCAGCGGCCCUCGGUGGCCUCCUCGUCCACGUCAGAUGAGUGUCUUGAGGUGACGGAGCGCUCGGCCACCCUCCAGAGGCGCCACUCAGAGCAGGUGGCCAACGGGCCAGCCCAGCCCCCCUGCCGACAGCUGAGUGCUCCCCACGUGACCCGCGGGACCUUUGGUGGACCCCUGACUGGCUCCUCGUGGGCCCAGGGUCGGGAGAGAGAAGAGGGAGGCGCCCUGAGGAUGCAGGCCCCACACCUGGCAGACAAGGAGGCACAGGGCCGGCGGUCCCACCACUACAGAGUCCCUAGGGAUAAAGAUGCCUUCCCGCAGCUGUCAAGGACCCUGGGACCGCCGCAGUACCGCCCCGCCGCCGACGGCGCCCAGAGCUCCGGCAGGAAAGCGGGCCCGGCUGUGGCAGGUCCCCAGCACUGGCAGGCCAAGGGGGGCCCGGGGCCCUGUGAGCUGCCGGGCCCUGGGACCCCGAGACUGGCCCGAAACGCCAGCCCCCAGGCCGACGCCAGGGCCACCGAGGAGCAUCCCAGCCCCCUCGGAAUCCCGUACUCCAGACCGUCCCAGUCGAAGCACCUGAAGGCCAGGAUGGAUGGAGGCCAGUGGGCUUCAUCCGAAACUAAAAGGCAGGCCCAGGACCCCCGGGACUGCAAGGACCCCUAACACCUUGUGCCCGGGCCUGAAGCCACGCCAUCCACGGCUUCCACCCCAGCUCGGGCUCACCGUGCACGUGUUCCCUGGACGCCCUGACCUCCAGAGCCCCCCUGGAAGGCCGGAAGGCAGGGAGGGCGGCGACCUCACCUGGUC